UGAUGAGUUGACCCUUGAAGGAAUCAAGCAGUUUUUCGUGGCUGUGGAGAGGGAAGAAUGGAAGUUUGACACCUUGUGCGAUCUCUACGACACACUCACAAUCACCCAGGCCGUCAUCUUCUGUAACACCAAGAGAAAGGUAGACUGGCUCACGGAGAAGAUGAGAGAAGCCAACUUCACAGUUUCAUCCAUGCACGGGGACAUGCCACAGAAGGAGAGAGAGUCCAUCAUGAAAGAGUUCAGAUCUGGUGCAAGCCGAGUCCUUAUUUCAACAGAUGUUUGGGCUAGAGGCCUGGAUGUGCCUCAGGUGUCCCUUAUCAUUAACUACGACUUACCCAACAACAGAGAACUCUACAUACACAGAAUUGGCCGGUCAGGCAGAUACGGCCGAAAAGGUGUAGCAAUCAAUUUUGUGAAGAACGACGACAUCCGCAUCCUGCGAGACAUCGAGCAGUACUACUCCACCCAGAUAGACGAGAUGCCUAUGAACGUUGCUGAUCUUAUCUGAAGAUCUGCAAGUACCAGGGAGUUGUACUACUUGGUAGCCUCCGUAAUUCUGUUUUAGACCCACAUCCUUUUAUCAUAUUGCUGGUCGUAUGUUCUUGAGUUGAGCUGCACUUGGGAACUUGUGUAAAUAAUGUCUUUACUCCCACCCAUGUUUUUCAAUAAAAAAAGGAAGUUUUACCAUAA